CCAGCGAGUUAGGUUGACGGGCGGAGCGGCUAAGAUGGCGGCGGCGGCGGCGGCGGAGACGGUGUCGGGGCGAGCGGUGACGAUAUGAAGAGAAGGAGUGGAUAACCGGCGGGCCGCUUCGUGUCUGCAAAUAACGACAAUAAAAUAAUAUUACUAAGAAGAAAAAGGAGGAGGAGGAGGAUCCCUCGGGGUUUUUUUUUUCUCUUCAUCCCCCCACCCCCCCCCAGCCAAGUUUUUUAAAAAUAUAUAUAUAUUUUAAAUAAUUGAAAUAAGACAGUUACCAAGAAAAUAUAAAUGAUGAAAUUAAAGCAAAACCAGACUCGGACUUACGAUGGGGACGGUUACAAGAAGCGGGCGGCGUGUUUGUGCUUCAAGAACGAGAGUGAGGAGGAGGUUCUCUUGGUCAGCAGCAGUCGUCACCCAGACAAGUGGAUUGUGCCGGGCGGUGGCAUGGAACCUGAUGAGGAACCGAAUGUGGCAGCUGUCCGAGAAGUCUGUGAAGAAGCUGGAGUCAAAGGGACGUUGGGAAGAUUAGUAGGAAUAUUUGAGAAUCAAGACAGAAAGCAUAGAACAUAUGUGUAUGUUCUGGUAAUAACAGAAGUGUUAGAAGAUUGGGAGGAUUCGGUAAAUAUUGGGAGAAAAAGGGAAUGGUUUAAAAUAGAUGAUGCCAUUAAAGUUCUUCAGUGUCAUAAACCUGUACAGGCCUCAUACUUUGAAACCUUCAAACAAGGCUAUUUGGCAAAUAAUGGAACUCCUGUUGUUGCAACGUUAUCUGAAGAUAAGGCCUCAACAUAUGCUGUUGCCAAUCAAAGUUCAGUAUCCAGUAUUAGAUGACUGAGAAGAGCUUCACAGUAAUUGACUCAUCUCCAUCAAGUCCCAAAGGCAUGGACUUGAAAGGUGUUCAGUGAAAGAAUGUUUGAUCUGGUUUGAUUGCUACUAUACAUUGUAUAUGUAUAAAUAAAUUUUGCAUGAAGACCUGUGCAAUGUUGAUAACAAUACUUUAUAUUGUGAUGUAUAAUAUAGUGCUGAAGAUCAAAGCCAUAACUAGUAAGGUUUUUUUGUUAGAUAUUGUAUAUUUUUGAUAGAAUUGUGAAAUUAAGGUACCAGUGUUGCAUCCAAUUGUCUCCCUGGUAUUUUCCUUUGGAAUUCUUAAUUGUAAGGUGGCUUGGAUUUCAACCUAGGGAUAUUUGGAUGCCAAUUCUAGUUCUCUGCAACUUUUUGUAUACAGCUUUUGUAAAUUUUUGGCUGGCUUAUCACAUGCACCACUGCUGUUUACGGAAAAAAAAGGCAAAGAAACAGUUGAUCACUGACUUGUAAUACUUUGUGGAAUAACCUACAAGACACGCAUAAUAACUUUGUUAACUUGUACACAAGUUGUUGAAUAAGGCCUUUAAAACAUUUUUACUUAUGUACAACUACUUCAAGCCAUGCAUAUUGGGUCUUGUCAUCUGUGGAGCAUUGAAUUAUAUUCAAUUGUGCAGAAUACAUUUGUAUCUUUGACUCUUUCUCCUGAUCUGUACUGUUCUCAUUGUUCUACACUGGAGUUAAAGGAUGCUCUUUGUAGGUAACUCAAGAUAUAAACAAACUUGAGAAUUUGGUGUUUUGAAUUUUUUGAUUGUUUUUGUUAUUCUUGCAAUUUAAAAAUGACACUGUAUACUGCUUAAGCACUUAAACCGAUUGACUUUGUCUUUAAGUUUCUACUUUUCACAAAUGCAGAACAAAUUGCCCUACAUUUCUCUUUUUAAAAUAUAAGCAAGGUAAUUUUUUUUUCUCUAAGUGUAGCCCUGUUUCUUUCGAAAUAAGUGCUCUAUAUUGAUCACUUUAAAAUUUGAUUUCUUUUAGGUUUUAUAUUUAAGUCAUGAAUAUAGAAACCCAGAAUUUCUUAAAGAUUAUCAUAGAAUAUUAUCCUGGUAUACAGUGCGGUGACUUAAACUGUUUGUAUCUUGUAGGCACAUACGAGAAAGGUACAUUACUGGAGAAAAUAUCCACUUGCCAAUUUUGGAUGGGCUGCUUUCUUUUAAGAAAGACUCGUGUGUCAAAGUUAGGCUUGUCCUAUCAUCUGCCCCAGAUUCAGAGCGGUGUAAAUAUGGAUUCAUUACUUUUUUGCAUCCUUUCCCAAUCGCAUUCUUUUAACAUGUUGAAAGAAGAUUUGAAAGUUUAAAACCUUUUUACACAGGGUGACAAAGUAGCCCAAUCCUCAGUCAAUGGUGAGGAUUUAAACAAAGUGGAGUAGCAUGCAUGAAUGAGUUUUCAGAGAAGCAUUGCCCUAUUCUCUAGUGUUCUUUAAAAGUGACAGGUGUCAUCAACUGCUUUAUUCUGCUUAAGUACAACCUGAAAAUGUGAGAAAUUAAGUUUCAGUCAAAGUAAAAUUGAAUAGUGAAUUAUACUUCUGACGAGCAAAUAUGAAAAUCUUGUUAAUAUGUAAAAAAAAGUGAAGAAACCAAUGGAAUCAGUUGAUUAUGACCACUUAAUGUUUUCAGCUUUUACCUGCAAUUAAUGCACUGUACAUAAAUGUGUCAUUUUUGGUGCUUUCCUGUAAAGCCUUGGAUGGAAGGGAUAAGUGCUGGCUUUUACAAUAGCCUGUAUUUGUAAGAACAUAGGGCAUGUUAUCCUGUCCUUCAUAUUUUAAUGCAACCUUUAUACUUCACCCGGAGAGAGUGUCACUGGAAAUGUCUUGUUGUUUUACCUGAUUUGAGUGUGAUGAUACACAUGUGAGGCAAGAGAUUGAAGAUUGUAAUAAACCUGUGCCAACGAAUAAAACUCACCAGUAUUUCAGAAA